AUGCUGGUGACCUAUUUGGAAGCCAGCCGGGACCUUUGCGAGACGGACUCAAUUCUUUUUGGCGCCGCACUGGCAGUAUGCCGUAUUAUUGGCGCCAAACUUACCAUGGCUGGACGUGCUACUCAACAAGGUAGUGCCAUCCCAGCCUGGACAAAAGGAAUCAAGGACCGUAUCGCAAAGGCAAGGGCCCUUAUCGGCAGACUGACAAGCUUCAGGUCGGGUAAUAAUAGACCGAGAGUUGUGCGCACCGUUAGAAUGGCGUUUGCUGGGACAAAUAUUAGUUUGUCCCAGCCGGAUAUAACGCAGAAACUAACGGAGCGCAUAGAUGACCUGAAGCAAAAAAUCGCUGCUUCGGGGAAGCGGAUUCGACGAUUUAGCGAGAGGUCAAGGCGGUUCAACCAGAAUCGUCUCUUCCAGAGUGAUCAGAAGAGGCUCUAUAAAUCAUGGAGCGACCAGAGGUAUGUGGAGCGGACCCAGGACCGGAUCAGGCUGACACUGUCGCAUUUUGGCGUGACCUGUGGUCAGAGCCCGUAA